AUGGGGAUUGAUAGAUCAGAUAACAAUAGGGUUUCGCACAGAAGAGAUCGAUGGAAUAAGGGUUUGAUUGAGAAUCAUAUCAGACAAGUUCAGAUUCCUCCCGAUCUCAAAAUGUCGUUCAAGAGAUACGUGGAGGUCAGGAAGGUAGCUCUCAUCAACUAUGAAAAAGACUAUGGGAAGCUCGGUGUUAUCAUCGAUGUUAUCGACCAGAGCAGAGCUAUAAUCGGGGCUCCUGAGAUGGUUAGGAGCCAAAUGAACUUUAAGAGACGGUCAUCGAUAUCAAGAUUGAAAUUAGUAGUCCCCUUGCCUAAGAUCGGUCCGUGGUUCAGACCGGUGAUAGGCGAGCAAAUCAAUCGGAAAAAGGUCAAAGUAGCUAUCAGGUUGAAAAUUAGUGCCGAAAAGGAAAAGCAUAGGGAAGAACAUACCGGAAAUAAACCGAAGAAGAAGAGAGCGAAAUGUGAGAAUGACAGAGCCCUUUAA